CAUUUCCAACUAUGAACUCCCAAAAUUUUCAUCAAUCUCCAAGAGAAAACCGUUCGGUUAAUCAAUGGCUGGCGGUGAGAUCUCUGUCCCUUUCGCAGUCGUUGCGGUGGUGGUUCUAGCGGUGGCCGUUGGCUUCGUGGAAGCACAGGAUGUGCCAGACUGUGUUUCCAAGCUUACACCAUGUGUGGAUUUCCUCAAGUCCAAUAAUCCGCCCGCGACUUGCUGCGAUCCCAUCAAGGAAGCUGUGGCGACUCAGCUUCCGUGCCUUUGUAACCUCUACGUGACGCCGGGUUUGUUGAAUUCGUUCGGCGUUAAUGUCUCCGAUGCUAUUCAUCUCACUAAUGCUUGCGGCGUCCCUGUCGAACUCUCCAAGUGCAAAACUGGUGCUCCGGCUCCGCAACAGGGUGCUCCUUCACCACCGGGAGGUAAGUUUUCGGAGCUCGUAGGGCUAUUUUGGUAUUUUCCGUUUCUUAUUUUCAUUUUCCAAUUUGUUGAGGUUUUUUUCUUUUGUGAAUAUAUUCACGUUUAUGACAGCUGGAUUAUUUUUUGCUGCAUGAAUUAAAUCAAUAUUCAUCAGCUCACCAACCUUGACUUUUAUUUAUCAUUUUAGUUUCAUAACUUUUUCCAUUUAAAUUUUUAUACUUUGAUAAUUUUAGUCUUACUGUUAAUUUAUUAUAAUUUUAUUCAUAACGUAUUUAGUCUAAAUUUUAGGAAAUUAUUAUUGCUAUCAUUUAAUGGAACUCAUUGUUAAAAUUAACUAUUGUUGGGCUACAUCUAAGAUUUUUUUUAAAAUCCAAAAUACAAGAACAAAAUUUGAAUAAAUUUCUAAGGGACUAAAAUAGUUUUUUUUUUUUUAAAAAAAAAAAAGUUAGAUAUGAAAAUUAUAUUGAACUUUGUUAUUUAUUUAUAAACGUUUUUUAAUAAAUAUGUAUUUUAUAUUUUGAAUCAACUAGAAAUAUGAAAUGAUAGUGAUGUGAAACUAUGUUUUUCCACCUCAACUCAUUGUCACACAACUCUAAAGUGAAAUUGUUAUGGAUAUAAAAGAAAUUGUAAAAUAGAAUAGAAAGAGUAAGAUGAACUUUACUAUAUUUUGUAAAUAGUUUCAAUAUUUUGUUAUUUUUAAAAAUAUUUUGAUUUUUAAACAAUGUGAAGCGAUGGAUGCGAUGGUUCAAAGCAAAUCAAACAUGGAUCCCACCAAUUUCCCAACAACUUUCUUACUUUAAAACAUUUUAUUAUUUUUCAAAAUUUUAAUGUAUCUCUUUGUAAAAUAUUUUAUUUUGAAAAGUAUCAACAAGAAAUUGGGUAUUCUUUUGUUGCUGUUAGAUUAUUCUAUAAAGUUCUCUCAAGUAAUUGUUUAUUUACAAGUGGGUUUUUUUUUCUUUCUUUUCAAUGUAAUGCUUAGAAAAAGUUAUAGAAAAUAUAGUGGCAAAAGUAAUAUUUUCAAACAAGAAAUUUGCCUAUAAAAUUAUUUUUAGAAAUAAGUAUUCUUUGUAGGGUUUAAUAUUUUAGAAACAUUACAAAUUUGUUUUUUUUUUUUUUUUUCUUGCUGCAUGUUUGGAAGAAUUUUAGUUAAUUAUUGAAGCCAUUUUUAGAUAUAGAUAUAGUCUAUACACAAUCACUCAAAGGCUAUUAAACAAAUUAUAAAGUGGGACUUAUAUAGAAAGUAGAACUAAUUCUUCUUAGAAAAAAGAACAAUUUCUUCAAAUAGAGGUAUAAUGUUUAAAUUGUUGUGAAAUAGAUAUGAUUUUAUGUUUUACAUAAUUCUUAGUUAUGAACUAAUAUUAAUUCUGCCAUUUAUUUUUGGAACAGUUCCUGGGAAUGAUGCACAAAAAUUUGGGUCGACUGGAAUUACAUCUCUAGUACUUCUGUUCUUGGCCUCUCUAGUUGUUUAUUAGGAUCUUACCAUACUGAGCAUUAUAUUAUUUGAUUAAGCUAUUCCAUUGAUCUAAUAACGUUGAUAAAGUUUCUUUAUAUAUUUUAGGGUUUAUAGUGAGUGUGAAGACUUCAUAUUUGGAGCAUUUGUUAGAUUUUCAUUUGAUCCCUUUCAAUAACGUGUAAUACUCUUACUAUUAUAAUAUUCAAGCUUCAUCCGAUCAA